AUGCCUCGAUUCCGACGGUCACGAGGCGGUUGCGCAACGUGUAAGCGGAGGAAACGAAAGUGCGAUGAGACCCGCCCGGCGUGCCUGGCAUGCCGCGCUAAGGGAAUAGAGUGCGAUGGAUACGGCAUACGGCUGCGCUGGGGCAGCGACAACGUUGCCUCCCCGUCCCACCAUGGCGACCGGACAAACUCGAAGCCCAACAGCGGGUCCGAAUCGAUGACCCUGGGCACACCGGAAAGCAACGCAGGCGAGAACAGCGGAAGCCCCCCAGCAGCACCCAGCGAGACUUCGCCUGUGUCACUUCCGCCACACCAGUUGAAUGAGUCGCCGGCCUCUUUGAGCAGCCCUGCAGCGAUAAACCAAGAGAUCCAGCUUGCGUUCCAACGAUUUCUCGACAAAGGCAUUUACAACAUCUAUUCGACGACUAUCCAUGAAUGGGUCAAACCCCUCAUCGCAGAGGAAGCAAAACCGUCCACUGCCCUAUUCAUCGUCCGAGGAUUUCGAUGGACAUCCCAUCUUCUGUGCACGGCUGACCUGUACAACCUGCAUGGCGACCUCCAGAACGUAGGCUGCGAUGCCGAUCUAUACACGCAUCAUUGCUUUGAGGUCAUGGGUAUUAUGGAUCUCCCUAGCGUCGUCCUAGGCAGGACAACAGCGCAUCUCGGCUUCUGGCGCCGAUUUCGCAAGGCACAGCGGCACUGGUUGAACUGCAAGGAAGACGGGGUCGAGCCCGUCUCGGGCCUACCGCGCAUGUUAGUGGACAUAUUCGCCCGUAUCGAUGAGCCUGGAUGCGAACUGGAGCUCUGGCUCUGGCCGGGAGAUGUCGGAGAGUUCGUCCAGUCGCACCUCUGGGAUUCCUGGCGUUUUGCUGGCAUGUUGGAUCACAGAAGGCGGUGGAGGGGAAAACUAGCAGAUAUGAAGGACCCUCCGCCUGGAGUCGUUCUGCCAUCCACGGAACAGCUUGUCUUCCGCUUGAUGAGCUGUCUCGAGGCCGUACACCUCGGCCUCGAACAACCAGAAUAUGGACAUUCGCUCGUCGGUAAUAGCACGCUCUACCCGUUCGUGAUGGCCAGCUUGGAAUUCGAGGUCCUUGCUGCUCACCCCCAGUGGCGGGUCGACCUCAGACGAUUUCGGGACAAGAUUUUAAGUUGGGACUCGAGCUUGAAUGCGAAGAUCCUCUUCGAAACACUGGAAGAAGCAGAGAUGACCGGCGAUGCCUCUUUUGACGCAGACGUAGCCAUGAGAGCUCACGGGGCAGAAAUCGCUCUCUUCUGA